AUGGCCAAUUUCCACGUUUCGCAACGGGGAGCAUAUAAUUUGAAGUAUCGAGAUAAUUUCGAGGCUCAAUCCGCGCGACACCAAGAGCUAUGGACGCCGACCAACCCAAACGGACGCAUUUUCAUGGAUGUUGCCGAGAACAGCCUACUACAUGACGAGGUAGCAGAUUUCAUUUCCCGCAAAAUCAAGAUCGAACCAAACGAUCACCUAACUUAUGGCAGUGGCCCGCGCGGCUCAUUGCGCCUCAAAAAAGCAGCAGCAUCUUUCUUGGAGAAUAGUUUCAAGGGACGUGAUCCGGUAAAGAGUGAAGAUAUCCUUGUGUUUCCUGGACUUGCAGGUGCUAUAGACGCGGUGACAUGGGCCAUCUGCGACGAGGGGGAGGGGGUUCUGGUCUGUCUCCCUAUGUAUAAUGGUUUCAACGUGGACAUCCCUACUCGAACCGGUGCAGUUGUGGUUGAGGUUCCUUUCCAUUCUGUGGACGGCUACUCCGGUCUCGAAGACGUAUUUGACCCUGACACGAAUCGAAGAGCCCUCGAAGCCGCAAUGGAUCACGCAAAGAAGAAUGGUGUUAGUAUUCGGGCCUUGUUGAUUUCUCAACCACACAAUCCUUUGGGCAGAUGCUAUCCUCAAGAAACCCUCCUUGAGAUGGCCGCUUUCUGUGGCCGGAACGGGAUUCAUCUCAUCUCGGAUGAGAUUUACGCCCACUCAGUAUUUGACAACCCGGCCCUUCAUCACUGGCCUGUCUUUACCUCGAUACUUGCACUUGAUAUUUCCAGCCAUAUUGACAAAAGCAUGGUACACGUAUUAUACGGCGCAAGCAAAGAUUUUUGCGUGAAUGGGCUUCGCUUAGGGCUUCUCUAUUCCAGGAAUGCCGCUCUUCUUGGAGCCAUUUCGACAAACUGUGUGUUCUCAUGGGUUCCCCAUAUUGUUCAAGACAUUUGGGCCUCUAUGCUUGAGGAUCACGAAUGGAGGAAAACGUUUUUUGCUAAGAAUCAAUCUAUAAUGGCUAAUAACUAUGCCCUUGUCAUCAAAUUCUUCAAGGAGCAAGAUAUCGGCUUCUUUCAUAUGAACGCAGCUACGUUUGUUUGGGUAGAUCUUCGGCGUUAUAUGCUGCCACGAAACAUGCGAAGUCGUGACGCAUACCCUAUGCUUCAAGUGACCGAUCCAAAUGUUGGUCUGUAUCUAGAGCGAGAGGCCAAAGUUAUACGGAUCUGCUCUCGAAACGGUGUGAUGAUCAAACCAGGAAGUGCCUACAAGACUGAGGAGCUGGGCUGGUUCAGGGUUACCUUCACUCUCCCCGAGCACGUUCUCCUUGAAGGGCUCCGUAGGAUUCGGAAGUCUCUGAAGGAAAUUGAAAAGUUGGGUGGUGACAGUACUAGACUGUAG